UUAGGUGAAUACAAACGGAUUGAUAUCGUUUUUUACAUCUGUUAGAGCAUUUACCUCAGAACAGUUUCCUAAAAUUGGCAAUCGAAUAGUACUUGCUCCUUUCUGGGCUGAUAUAGAUACUAGUGGGUGUGGUUCAACCUGCGGUAUAUGGUAUAGAGAAUCAACAGAAUUAGUCGACCUAAACAAGGCAACCUCAGAGAUCCGGUACUUUUUUCCUGUAAUGAAGCAUUUUAGCGCAAGCUGGACGUAUAUUGUUACUUGGUAUAAUGUGCCUUUCUUCGGAGCCUCAACUUUGGGCAUGAACAAGAGAAAUAUUUUUCAAGCUGUUUUGAUUACAGACAGCAAAAACGCAUUUGUAAUUUACAACUACAAUAAGAUAGAAUGGACCACAGGGACGGCUAGUCAAGGUAAUGCUGAUAUCGGACUUGGUGGAAUACCUGCUCAGGUUGGUUUCAAUAUGGGUGACGAAAUUCACUACUAUUCCGUCGAAGGUUCACGAAAAUCCGAAAUUAUCAAUUUACCUAAUCUAUCAAACGUGAAAUAUCCAGGAAAAUUUGUCUUCAGAGUAGAUUUGAGAGAUAUAGAACCUGCUCCAACACCUGAUACUGAUCAAUGCUUCAUAAAGGCUGCAGACAUUGUAUUCGUUGUAGAUUUAUCUCUCAGUAUAGACAUGCAUGAUUUGAAAAAUUUAAUAUCUGAUGUUAUAUCAAAGCUGCCGAUUAAUGCUAUGGAAUGUCAGAUUGCAAUGAAAUCUUUUUCAACAUCAGCAAAGACAGACUUCCGUUUCAAAGACCAUAAAACGAAAACUGAAAUCAUCGCUCAUAUUGCCAAAAUGAACACAGCUAAAGGUGUUUCAAAUCUAAAGGAUGCAUUGAGUUCUACCAUGCGAAUGUUCUCUUAUAACGACGGUUCCAGAUUGUAUGCAACACGUUUCGUAGUCAUAUUCACUGAUGGUUUGAUGGUUGCAAGUAGCGAACUUAAAACGCAAGCAGAUCAUUUACUGGGCUUUUCAAAUAUGAAAGUUGCUACUGUUGGUAUUGGUUCUUCUGUAAAACAUGAUCAUCUUGAACGGAUUUCUACAGACAUAAACUCAAUUCUUCGACCAUCAGCAAAUAGUAUUUGGAAAUAUCUACAAUCGUCCUUAGCUGUUCCUGGAUGUCUUGCCUGUGAAGUAGAUUUUGGAGGUGAAAUACGCAUCCUGCUUGAGAAUUCAGGAUCCAUAACAAAAGAACUCUUCCAAGAAGGAAGACAGUUUAUAUAUACCUUCAUCGAAGAGCUCACAUCUUUCAAUUUAACGAAUGUAGAUGUAUCAGUGGAUAUAUUCAAUGAAGAAGUUAUAGAGGCAAUUCAGUUAAAAAAUAUUUCUGGAAUGGAACGUAAACUUGGUGGACUUUCCAUUAUCGAAUAUUCUAGACAUAAUGUCAAUCAAUCACUGCUGCUACAACACAUCAUAGAUAUUGGGAUGACUACAUCGUCAAACAGUUUUAUUAUAUUUAUAUCAAAUGGCGUCUUCCUUGAUUCCCAUCUCAUAGAAAAACUAAAACACUCAGUUGUAAAUGAGACAUCGAUCAUAGUAUCUGUAGGUCUUAGCGUAGAUACUGACUGGGAUAAUUUAGAAGAUCUGGCAUCAUAUGGCUAUUUUGUGUUCUCAAGUGAAGAUGCAACUCUUCUGGCACGUCAUUUGAAGAAAGAAAUGAAAACAACGACAUGCACAUAAAUUUCAUUUGACAAAUUGAUUAAACUGAUUCUAUCAUUACAAUCCAAGCGAGCACGAGGCUAACCAUAGUAAAAUACGGACUUUUUCAUAUUUAAAUAAUGAUAAGCAUCUUGUUUACACAACCACUCCUGAAACAUUCGGUAGAAUAUGUUGUUAUUAGUAUUAUUAUGUUCCUCCUAUUUUUAUAAAUUAGUUUUUGAUUCAAUGAUUUAGUAUAAUUUGUUGCAAAUUAUUGGGUUUGUCGAACAUUUCAAAUUUGAAAAUAAUUUCAAUAUGUUCAAUGUAUUUUAGAGGAUUUGGCAUAUAACAUUCGUAGAACCUCCCAUAUGUACUGUUCAUGGAAACUAAAUGAAACGUAUUUUGAAUGCAGUUGCCGAAAUAAGACGGAAUCGAUUAAUUUUUUUCUAACAAUUCAGUAUUUUUAAGCGUGAAGACAUUAGUUGAUUCAAAUAUUUGAUAUGCUAUGAUAAUUGUGUUUGCUCUCAUGUAACUGUUUUACUGAACAACAUAAUAUAAGGAGUUAAAUUUGCAUCUAUUUCUCGAGACUGAUUUAAUUUGGAAUAAAGAAAAUAAAAAGAGAUAUUAGGUAUACGUACAUAUUUUAGUAUGCAUCGAUACUUUUAUUUUGGCAUUGCACAAGUCAUGUCUUCUUUGACUGUCAUUGACGUUAAAAUACUAAAUCCCUGGGAUGUGUUUUAGUUGAUUUUAGUCUCUGAUGCAUAAUUUUUUAUUAUUAAUUGUUUGUGGCUCUUAACUUGCUUUCAAUAAUUGGGAGUACUCUCAAAUCGUACUUUCGUGUUAAUUUGACCUGUUGAUACAAUUUAUAAUGCAUUU